AUGACCACCACGGGAAAGCUCACUGUUGUGGUCUGCAUCGGAGACCAUCAGGACCCUGUCGCUCUUAAUGCUCGGGGCCCGCUGACAGUGUCAUUGAUCGAAUACCCCGACUCGACCUCCAAUAUGGCCUCCGACAUCCCUCCAGCUAUGGACAUCAUCCAAUAUGGCUGGAACAACGAUCUAGGCGACAACUCUGUGUUAUUGGUGCAAAUGGAGAUCCCGGGACCGUCUACAAGCACGGUGAAAUUCUUCCUGCAAUACCAAGCUGUAGAGGAAGUUUCUGAGUUUCGUGCUCAGAUAACGAGACCCUACCAUUUUAUCUAUGUCGAUAACUCAGAUGACCUGAACUCAUUAAAGACACGAAAUCAGCACCAACCACCUGAAGACAACGUUACCAAAGACGAUUUAGAGAAAAUUGUCACAGUCCUGCUUGAUUCCAACCAGAAUACCCCAUGGAGGGCGUUUCUGACCAAUUGCUUGGGGAUGCCAAAAAGGGCCCGGCCCAAAGGUUUUAAAAAUGCCAUGAGUCACCAUGCCGCCCUUUUGGCCGCUUGGUUAUUGAUUAAUCCCACCAACACCUUCCAAGGGCUGUUGCAUGCAACCGAACGUUCCUUCCAAGCUGUCGUCAACAACGGCGAUUGGGCCGUGUACAAGCAACGCGCAUGGUUGUUCACUGCCUAUCAGGUGGCUGGUGGCAUUUCCGAUGGAGGCAUGCUGGCAUCAUCGACAUCCAGUAACCUGGCCACCACCUUUCAACAGACCACUGAAAAAUUCGAAAAGAUCCAGGACAAGACGUUGGGAGACCUGCCCCCCGCAUUUCAAGCCAACAUCAGGUCUUAUAUCACUCGUCCCUUGCUAUCCACUCUCUUCAACUGA